UUCAUGUUGAGAGAAGUACACAAUCACUCUUAAAUGCAGCAGUGGUUAAAUAGGCUUGGUUAUGCAACAUUUGGUAGUUGAGACUAGGGAGGCUAAUGGUAGUAUGUGGGUUCUACUUUAAAUGGUAGAUUUGAUAGUUAGAUAUCCUGAUCCCUUAAGAGUAUAUAUUUUGAACCCAUGUCACUGGUUACAUCUUAGGAUUAAAAAAGAACUAGACUUUUAUGUAUGUUGGAGGAUGCACCUUCUGGUUGUUCUCUUUCUUCUCAGUUAAUACAAUUUUUUUUAAACUUGUCUUUAAAAACAUUGCAGGUAAGAAGGAAGGUGUUUGGAUUUUGGGUGGUGGAUGGAACAAUGACCUUUGGGGAGGAGAACUGCCAAUGGCAAAUUGGAUUGAUGAUAUAAGUCCUCAAAAUCCUGUUUGGCUAUCACGGAUGGAUGGUCAUAUGGGUUUGGCUAAUUCACUGGCAAUCAAGAUGGCUGGAAUCACUCGAGAAACAAAAGAUCCUACUGGAUUCCUGGUAGAUGCUGCAAGACAGCUUAUUCUUCCAAGUAUCCCAGAACCCACCAUUGAUGAAAGGAGGGAAGCAUUAGUAAAGGCCAGCUAUUAUGCUUUGACCAAAGGUGUAACAACAGUGGUUGAUAUGGGAAGAUAUGUUCCUGGUUCUUCAUCAGAGUUACCAUGGCAAGAUUUUACAGAUGUCUACAACUGGGCAAAUGCUUCUGGAAAUAUGAUGAUCAGAGUUUGUUUGUUUUUUCCCCUUGAAACCUGGUCACGCGUAUCUGAUCUUGUGCAGACGACAGGUCGUAUGGUUAGCAAAUGGCUUUACCUUAGUGGUGUCAAGGCUUUCUUAGAUGGAGCGUUGGGGUCUAACAGUGCCCUCUUUUAUGAGCCAUAUGCUGAUAAUCCUGAGAGUUCAGGCUUUCAAGUGAUGGACCUUGACAAUCUGCUCGACAUGACUGCACUUUCUGACAAAUCUGGGCUGCAGGUCUCCAUUCAUGCUAUUGACGAUAAGGCGAAUGACUUAAUCUUGGAUGUGUAUGACUCAGUUGCUUCAGAGAAUGGAGAAAGGGACCGAAGAUUUAGGAUUGAACAUACUCAGCAUUUGGCACCUGGUUCAGCUGCUCGAUUUGGUAAACAAGACGUUGUUGCUUCGGUACAGCCGAUGCACCUUCUUGAUGAUGCUAUUUCUGUAGAAAGAAAAUUGAGGAAGCAACGGGCUGAACAUGGAUCUUAUCUCUUUCAUUCACUUCUAACAAGUCACUCACUACUAGCUUUUGGAUGUGAUUGGCCUGUUACACACAUUGAUCCUUUGAACAACAUUAGGACAGCAGUAAAAAGGGUUCCACCAAUGUGGGAAACAUCAUGGAUUCCAUCUGAAUCCCUCUCACUCAAUGAUGCACUUGAUGCGCACACGAUUUCAGCAGCUCGUGCGUGUUUUCUUGACAAAGAAAUAGGGUCAGUAUCUCCAGGAAAAUGGGCAGAUUUUGUUGUAUUGUCCACAAACUCAUGGGAGAAAUUUAUAGCUGAAGCAUUUGCUUCUGUAGAGGCUACAUAUGUUGGUGGAAUUCAAGCCUAUUCUUCAAAGAAUGUUGUGUGAUUAAGGCGGGGUCAAACAUCAAUAUCUUUUGUCAAUAUCAUUGUAGGAACACCUUUAAA